UGGCAUUGAUAAAAUAUUGACAGGUACCAAGCAGAAGGUUUCUAGGGCAAAUCUUUCGUAUAUACGAGCGAACUUAGCGAGCACAUAGAAGGAAACAUAUCAAUGAGCGAUAGGCGGAUUCAGUGGUGUUUAAUAGGAACGAGCGCUCUCCUUGGGUCACUCUGCACCAUUGCCGCUUUGAAUCUCUUCUCCAGAUGGAGCACAAAAAUGAAGAACAAGAGGACAAGCACCCUAGUCAACUUGUUAGAAGAAAGUAAUGCAAGUUCAGGUCCAGAUGCUUUAUUUGGAAUAAGUGGAAUGAGGUGCAGUGGUGUUUUAAAUAAUUUGAGCGGGAAAGAGCUUCUAAAAGAUGAGGUUGUUUCUGAACAACUAACCAGAAAUAUACAAUUCUUUGGCAUGAACUCACAGCAAAGAGUGGCUGAAUCGUAUGUUGUAAUCGUUGGUCUUGGAGGAGUUGGCAGUCAUGCUGCUUCCAUGCUGUUGAGAUCUGGUGUUGGCCGGCUUCUCCUUGUGGAUUUUGAUCAGGUGUCACUCUCGUCACUAAAUCGACAUGCGGUGGCCACUAGAGCUGAUGUAGGGAUCCCAAAAGCUAUUUGCCUUCAAAAGCAUUUUUCAUCAAUAUUUCCAGAGUGUCGAGUAGAGGCGAAAGUUCAGUUGUAUGAUGAAUCAUCAGAGGAAGAAAUUCUAUCUGGGAAGCCAGAUUUUGUUCUUGAUUGCAUAGAUAACAUUGACACAAAGGUUGCACUCCUUUCUGCAUGUGUUCGUAGAAGUUUGAAAGUUCUAUCUGCGAUGGGGGCUGGUGCCAGAGCUGACCCCACAAGAAUUCGUGUUGCUGAUUUAGGAGAAUCAAGCAUUGAUCCUCUUUCUAGAGCGGUAAGAUAUCGUUUGCGCAAGGACCAUGGAAUUGAAGGUGGAAUUCCUGUUGUUUUCUCUGUGGAGAAACCCAAAGUUAAACUUUUACCAUUUAAAGGCUCAUCUGGCGAGGAAGAAAACCCUUCAGAUUAUCAGAUUGUGCCAGGCUUCAGGGUACGCAUUAUACCUGUUAUGGGAACCAUCCCUGCAAUUUUUGGGCAAGUGAUGGCAUCUUAUGUUGUGACACAGCUUGCUGAACUGCCUGUUCAUACUGAACCAGUGGUAAAUUUGGACCUGAAUCACUAUAGGAUUCUUCAUCAACGCCUUCUUGAACAUGAAGAACUAUUAUAUGGUUCAGCUGAGGUCUUGGUAGGUGUUGAGGAGGUGUGCUACAUUGUGAAAGAGUUGUGGCAUGGCCGAAGUGCAAGAGAUCAAUCUAGCAGAGAUGUCGGACGGAAAAUGUGGCGUUCUGUAAAUGAGUUGAUGCUUGUGAGGUGGAAUAGAGAGCAACCAGCUUCAGUUUCAAAUUUGAUUCUUUUGAAAUUUGAAGAGGCUGACGCACACGAGACAACCACUAUUGAAAAUAUAAAGGAACAAGAACCUGAAUUCCAUGACAUGGUGACUGCUGUUCUAAAGAGGGCCAUGGUGGACUUUAUGCUGUAAGAAAACAGCACCUUAGAUUGUAGAAUUCUAUGUUUUUUAUUAGGGGUU